AUGCACAUACCUGGUCAAGCCACCAGGUACUUCUCAUUCCUUUCUCAAAACGAUAUGUCUGAGGAUAAGGUCGAUACCGAUACAUUGAGAGGGUAUUUCAAGAAGUGCCUCAGCAGUGAUGUGCUUCUUCUCCAAAUGAUGGGAUUAAAAUCAAUGGGGACAAUUUUUACGAAUACCAAACCCCGUUGGUCGUAUUUGGAAGGUAUUCCAUUCUUCAUUGCGCUGCCAGGAUUAUGUUUCGGAUUGAGUUGUGAGAUUCCUAUGAUAAUUGUACUUUCAAAACUUGAUUUCGUGAUAUCCAUCGAAGUGGCCGCCGCUUUUUUGACGUCUUCGUUAACUAUUUUUAAGGGCUUUCGAAUAUGGAUUUACCGACGAGAAUUAUACAGCUUGAUAAAAACCUGUUAUGACCGCUGGAACAUUCAAGUAUCACGUAGAACGAUCACAGAUAGCAUGAUUAAGGAUGCCCAGUCAACACGUACUGUGAGGGUAGUUUAUCUAACAGUGGUGAUGGGAGUGAUGUCUGCAUAUAUAUUACGACCAUUUAUGGCAUAUUUCAAAUACGUUUACACUGGGUCUAAUGAGACCUUUGACUUUUCUUCGACUGAGUGGCCAGCUCUAUACCCAUUCCCACUGGAUUCACCUGGACCGUUCUUUGCUACCCUAACAUAUGAGACUAUCGGAAUGUAUUUUUUAAGUUUGUUCUGGGUAGCAGCCGAUGGUCUCUUUGCUCAGCUUACAACACAUUUAUCAAUUCAAUUUCAGAUUCUUGCUAAUGAGAUUCGUCGUACAUCUCCAACCCCAGACUUUUCGUCAUACGAUGCGGCAAGAAUCGCGAAACGUUUGAAGAAAAUUGUACAGGAACAUUUGGAGUUAUUUGCAUACGUCAAAUUAUUGGAGAAGAUGUAUAAUCCAUUACUAUUUGCAACUAUAUUAGUCAAUGGAAUAGAUCUUUGCACCUGUGUCUACAGUCUGCAAUUUAGACUUGACGAAGCCAAUUGGGGGGAUGUUGAAAGGAACCUGGUACACGCAAUGAGUAUACUCUUACAAACUUCUAUGUUUUGUACAUUUGCUCAGCGCCUUAACGAUGAGAUCGCUGGAGUUCGUCAGGCAGCUUACGAAUCACCAUGGACAGAAUUUAGUAUACCAUUAAAAGUGUUGAUUCUAUUGAUCAUGAUCCAGACACAGCAGGAGUACGUAUACUCAGCCUAUGGAUUACUUUAUCUGAAUAUGCCUCAGCUUACUACGGUGGGUAGUAAUUUGAAAAAUGAUUUUUCAUUUUCAACGUCUUAUUGGAAGUUUAUUUUGACAGAUCCUCAGUGCAGCUAUGAGAUACUUCACACUUCUACGUAGUGUUACUUAAUAUCUCUUACUGAAUACGAUUCACAAUGUCGGAAAUGCAACAUUCAUCUUAAUGAUUUCGAUGAUCAUUAAUUAAUUAUCGGUGUUGCUGUUUCCAUUUACGAAUAGAUUUUAUGUGCACAAUU